CGAUAACUUGCCACUUUCGAUAAUCGGCCCAAAAAUCGACGGAAAUAUUUUUCUUUCCGUUGAAAAAGGCAUCUGAAGAAUUUGAAGAUUAUGAGGAUGUCGUUUCAUCAUCUGGCAUCAGACCGAGUUAUCAUUGGAAAAGCGAUAAUGGACAGCUGACCUGCUGCCUCCGUCGUCCCACAACAUAGUGGAUUAGUGAAAUAUGUCCAGUCACGUUGGCCCACCUAGACUACUAAACCAUUCUUGCAAAGCUGUCAUCGAGAAUGAAAAUGAGUGUUAUUGUUCGGUAGAUUUGGAGAUAGAAGAAAAAAAGAAUACAACUAAUACAUUGACGAGAACGCUGCAUUUGAAGUUACAACCUUCGACUUUGGAUGCUCUCUUGGGAAGUCUUGGAAAGAUAAAACAACAACUUGCAUGUUUUACAGACAGACGAUAAAAUUUAUGAUUGGGAUUCAAUUGGAAAAGGAGUUUUCCUUUUCCUAGUAUAUGGCUUCAGGAGACAAUUUUCCAAGAACACCAUCACCUUUCGUCAGCAGAAGGCCAGCAUGCCUUCCCAAGGAUCCGAGGACGAGGCGAUUGCGAUUUUCCGAGUCAUAUUUGAAGGAGGUUGAGAAAAUAAAUGAAGAAUAUUAUAGCACUUGGACUGGGAACGAUUUUUGCCAGGAUAACGCACAAAAUGAUUUGAACGAGAGUGGUAAAUUUAUAAAACCUUUUCAUCCUUUGAGGAAGUGUUUCGAUCCUGAUGCAACUUUUUGUAAAUUUAGGGAAAAUACAUUGUGGUUUUCCCCAAACUCUUUUCUUUUUAAAAUAAGUCGUUGUGAUUUUUACAGUCGUGUUAUAUCAGAUGAAUUGGCUAUAGAGGAAAAUACAGAAGAAGCUAAACUUAUAUUUUUGUUGUGCAGUGUCGUGAAAGACAGUGAUUUGUGUUACGGUUUAUUCAACACUGUUAGAAAUUUCAUCUUGCCUUUCAAAGUAUUUAAGAAGAUAAUAAAAAACUGGGGAUUCAGGAAGUUUGAACAGGUGAACUGGAAGCCUAAUGACCGAUACUGUAAUAUAGAAUUGUCAAAAACCAACUUAUGCUAUGUUCUGAAAUUGUUAACACAUUCUGUCGAAAGUUAUAACUUUGAUUGUUUAUACCGUACUGUUUACUAUUUAACUUGUCUGACUUUUGAUCCGAUGUGUGUUGGAUUAUCCCAAGAACUUAUUGCACCGUUAACGUUGUCAGUUAAAAUUUUAAAAGAAGAGUUUUCGGUGGACGAUGCCGAUUUGUUGGAGAAGUUAGAAUUGGGUGACACUCCGAUUGCUGCAGCUCUUAUUUACGCUUCUCUCUUAGCCACGGACAGGAGUUUAUAUCCGAUAGCAUGUAAAUGUGCGGUGGCAUCUUUCUGUCAAUUAUUUAAAUUCAAAUGCCAAUUGAAAAGAAAUAAUGUGUCUGUAAAAUUAUUGUUAAAAUUAUUAACGGAUGCGGAAAAUUUAUUUUUACAAAUGGAUAUAAAAGACAUCUGUGAUUCUUUAGCCUUGUUAAGUUUUGUUAUGGUAAGAUUAAAGAUAGAAAAAAAAUCAAAAAUUAUUAUUAAAAAGAUCAUAGCCCUCCUAUCGAGGAUCAAGGCCAAGCUUAGUAGUCAUCCAGCGUAUUCGGUAUUUUUGGAGACGGGCAAUAGAUUUAGUUCUGUCUGCUUAUUCAAAAUCAGUCCAUUCUUAAAUAAUGAAGAGCAUAUCUCUCCUUCACUGUACUUUGUUUAAAUUUUGGAUUUUAUAUCAUCUUUGUUGAAAUUGAAUUUAAUAAAGUAAUGCUGUAUAAUUGUA